GUGCCUUAGCUCACUACAAUUGAAACGGUAAGGAGCUACUGAGCAAGCAAGCCCAUUUUGAUACGUUAAUCCUGCACCUAGUGGGAGUCUGCCGCAAAACCCCUAAAACCUCGAACGUCCUCUGCGCAUAAAUCGACCAGUACCCUUCCGAUUCUCCUGCAAAAGGAGAGCUAUGAGCACCUAUUGUUCAUCCGAAUCCCAAGAUAAUGAAUAUAAUUGAGGUUGUCAUUAGCGUUCACUUCAUUUUCUUAGCAACAAUGCGACUUUACCUGCGCGGUCUCUUCCACGUUGGUCGUAGAGCCUCUUGCCGUGUAAGCCCUCUCUCUCCGAACACCCUGAAAUCCAUUAACCCAUUUUUCAAUACUAUCACUGUUUCUUCAUCGCAUGGUUCCUUCCUUGAUUGCCCUUUGAUUUGGUUCACCAGCUUCCUCUGCAUAAUCAGAUGCCCUUUUGUCAGCAAAUCAAGCCCCAACAGUAUUUGCGAUGAUAUUAGUAAAGAAUCAAUUUGUAAUAUUAUUCAAAUUAUUCAACAAGAGCAGUGGGAUGACAAUAGGAUUAUCGGUUUGUUUGACUCGGCGCUGGCACCCAUAUGGAUGUCUAGGGUUUUGGUGGAAUUGAAAGGGGAUCCAAAGUUAGCUUUGCGGUUCUUCAAAUGGACAGGAAGCCGAAUCGGGUUUUGCCACACCACGGAGUCAUAUUGUAUCUUGAUUCAUAUACUGUUUUACGCGAGAAUGUACUUCGACACUCAUAGGAUUAUUAGAGAGUUAGUUUUGUUGAGGUGGGUUUUACCAGGUUGCCAUGUGUUUGACGUAUUGUGGUCGACAAGGGGUGUUUGUGUUCCAGGGUUUGGUGUGUUUGAUGCUUUAUUUAGUGUUUUGACUGGGCUAGGAAUGUUGGAGGAAGCGAGCGAGUGUUUUUUGAGGAUGGAGAAGUACAGGGUUUUGCCAAAAGCUCGGUCUUGUAAUGAACUUUUGCAUAGGCUUUCAAAGUCAGGGAAGAGGGAAUUGUCGAGGAAGUUUUUUGAAGAUAUGGUUGGGGCUGGAAUUAGCCCUUCGGUUUUCACUUAUAAUAUAAUGAUAGAUUAUAUGUGCAAAGGAGGAGAUUUGGGAGCCGCUAGAAGCUUGUUCAAAAAAAUGAAACAAACUGGCCUUAUGCCCGAUGUUGUCACAUAUAAUUCUCUUAUUGAUGGAUAUGGAAAGUUUGGGUUCUUGGAUGAAUCGGUUAGUAUAUUUGAAGAAAUGAAGGAUGCAGGUUGUGAACCUGAUGUAAUAACGUAUAAUGCUUUAAUUAAUUCCUUCUGUAAAUUUGAAAGAAUGCCUCAAGCUUUUGAGUUUCUCCAUGAGAUGAAGAUCAAUGGGGUGGUACUGAAUGUCGUAACUUAUAGCACAUUAAUUGAUGCAUUUUGUAAGGAAGGGAUGAUGCAAGAGGCAAUUAAAUUUUUUGUUUACAUGAGACGUGUUGGUCUUCUGCCAAAUGAAUUUACUUACACUUCUCUGAUUGAUGCAAGUUGUAAAUUAGGCAAUCUAAAUGAUGCUUUGAAGCUGGCUAAUGAGAUGCUGCAGGCAGGAGUUAACUUGAAUAUUGUCACCUACACAGCUCUAGUGGAUGGUCUUUGUGAAGGUGGGAGGAUAAAGGAAGCAGAAGAAGUUUUUCAGGCAAUGCUGAAAGCUGGAGUAAUUCCUAACCUGAAAACUUAUACUGCUCUUGUUCAUGGGUAUAUUAAGGCUAGUAAAAUCGAGAGUGCUAUGGAUAUGUUGACAGAAAUGAAGAAGAAGAGCAUCAUACCCGAUAUAGUGCUGUAUGGGACCAUCAUUUGGUGCCUGUGCAGCCAAAAUAAGCUUGAAGAAUCUAAGCUUUUAAUCAGGGAAAUGAGUGCUUGUGGUGUCAGUGCAAAUCAUUUUAUAUACACAACCCUUAUGGAUGCUUAUUUCAAGGCAGGAAAAACUGCAGAGGCUCUCAAUCUGCUACAGGAGUUACAGGACUUGAAUAUUGAGGUCAGUGUUGUUACUUAUUGUGCACUAAUUGAUGGUUUGUGCAAAAGGGGAUUGGUUGAAGAGGCAAUCAAGCAUUUUAAUAGCAUGAACGACAUUGGUAUGCAACCUAAUGUUGCAGUUUAUACAGCGUUAAUUGAUGGUCUUUGUAAAAAUAAUAGUAUUAAAACAGCCAAGAAGCUGUUUGAUGAAAUGCUGGACAAGGGUGUGAUUCCUGAUAGAAGUUCUUACACUGCUUUAAUUGAUGGGAACUUAAAGCAUGGGAAUCUUCAGGAAGCUUUGAAUUUGCGAGACAUAAUGAUUGAUUUGGGUAUGGAGUUUGAUCUGCCGGCAUAUACUUCCUUGAUUUGGGGUUUUUCUCAGUGUGGUGAGGUGCAACGAGCAAAAGAACUGUUUGAUGAGAUGAUUCAGAGGGGUCUCCAUCCUGAUGAGAUUCUGUGUAUAUGUCUAUUGAGGAAGUAUUAUGAGCUGGGAAAAGUGGAUGAAGCCAUUGAAUUGCAAAAUGAGAUGGUCAAAAAGCGUCUAAUUACUUGCAGUGAUGAUGUUGCAGUUCCUACUUUACAAACUUGAGAGAGAAAUAUAUUUCCAGCCUUAGUUCGACGGAGCUGUGUUCAGUGUUUAGAUCUGAAAUACAACACAGUUUACCUUUCCUAAGUGGGAAAUAUGAGAACCCAAGUUUCCUGGAGUGUAUAUGAUGUCAGAAAAUGCUCUUGGACAUUUGUGCCGACUUUGAAUACCUACAUUUAUCUUUGUUUUGCGGUAUCAUAGCCUUGAGGUGGUUGCCCAAUUGCAUGACAAGCAUCAACAGAAAGAUGAUUAAGAUGCGGAAUUGAGUGGAUGAAGAUUAUAUGCAUAAGCCCCAAGCUCAACCCCAAAGGAAUUUCUUUUAUGCUUGCGUAAUGCUGGAAUUUCAAGUGGCACAACGAUGUAGAUUUAUAUAUUUUUGGGAAAGCAUGCCAUACACACCCAUGUGGUUUGGACUUUUGAGACCCCAUUUUCAAAAAGUGAGCAUUUAAGACCUUAGUUUUGGAACUGUUGAAAUUUAAAAGCCUUUUUGUAGUCUUUUAACAAAAGAAAAAGAAGGGUUUUUUUUUUUUUAGGGGGGGGGGGGGGGGGGGGGAGGUGAGAUCCCCAUGAUGGGCUGCAGGCCAAUGGCCCCACCUUUAGGUGCAGGGAAGAGAUAAUCCUACUGGGUGGGUUGAUGGGUGGUGGGAGAUCCUUCUCUGCCUGCUGCUCACCACGAACGGUUGAGUAUUCAUUUCUUUUUGGAAGGUAUAAACUUAAUUUCCAUUCUCUUUUGUUAAAAUACUAUUAGAAUCCUUUUAAAGCAAAAGUUCCAAAGCUGGUGUCUCAGAUGUUCGCUUUUGGAACUACAGUCUCAAAAAUGCCAGACUACCACAAUGGGCAUGUGGAAUAUCUUCCCUAUGCUUUUUGAACAUGGUGACCUUGUGUUAAAUAAGUUUUGGCAUUCUUUGUACUUGACAACAAAAGCUAUCAUUGAUGGCAAAUCUCAAAUGCACUUUGUUUUUGGUGCUAAUCAAAACAACCAUGAUAUGCUGCUUUAAAUAUCUAGUGUUUCAUUGUGGGUAGACUGCUAUUUAUUUAUUGAGCUUUGCUUUGCACGCAUUACAGCAUCACUUUUUAUUAUAUCCCAGCUAUAUGGAUAUGGUUGGUGGGUGAAAUGAGGAGUGAUAGCAUGCCAAAUUCUACUGGUAAAAAUUGGAGUUCCACUUCUCCGCAAGAUAGCAGCUGUUAGGAUCAAAUUCCUCUUGGAUGGAUGUUGUUAGCUGGUUAGUUAUAUACAAGAUAUGAAUCUUGUUUACAUCCGAUACAUAUCAAGGCCAAGAUAGCAGCUGUUAGGAUCAAAUUCCUCUUGGAUGGAUGUUGUUAGCUGGUUAGUUAUAUACAAGAUAUGAAUCUUGUUUACAUCCGAUACAUAUCAAGGCCAACAUCUUAUAAGUGUCUACAGAAGUACAACUGAGAGCAGCACGCAUUAUACUGUGCUAGCUUGGACUCUUUUUCCUUUCUUCAUUUUAUCGAAUGAGUGAUGUAGGGUGAAAAGAGUCAAAGUCGAACCCGUUAUCUCCACUUCAUGAGUAGUGUUCCCUGGCUUCUGCGCUAGUGUGGCUUUUGAAGGAGAAUAUGGAAGGAGUCACUGCUGUCAUCACGAUGCAAGUUGGUCUUGGAAAGCUUUUUGCUUGGAUGGACUGUUAAAUGAAGAAGAGGAAAGCUCAAUUGUAAUUGUCCGAGUGUUAGCAUGAGCUGCUAGCAUUCCCAUUGGAAUUUCUGUGAGAAGACUUGGUUUGACAGAAAUGCAAGUCACUGACUACUCAGGCCACUGUCACAAUGAGGAUAAGAUAUUCUCAGAAGCUGUGAGAAGCUUAACUGCUGUUGAAAUUCCAAUAGGAAGUCUUUAACUUUGGAUUCUUGGUCUUGUUCUCAGUCUUUAACUACUAUAUGGUUGUGUGUUUUAUAAUCGAGGUGAAGAUUGCAGCAAUUGCUGCUGGUUUUUGUGCGGGGUAGAUGCACUUGACAUAUCUUAAAGCACCAUUUCUUUUGACUCGGUAUGGUUUGUACAUUGCCUUCCUUAAUGAGAAGGAAUGACUGCUUCUAUUGAAUGGAUGGAAUUAUUUGGCAAGUUCGUAGAUUUCAA